UGCCGUACCGACGGUACCAGUUAGCGGUCGGGAAUCGGUCGAGACAGACACCGUGCGAGCGUGUGCAAGAAGCGUUCACAUACAUCUCUCGCUGUCAUCUGUCGCGGCGCACGCGGAUAACGUGCAGUGGGAUUUUUGGUUGUGUCCACAAGGUGGCACAAUACAUCUACCCCCCUCCAGUACCCGGUACAUCUCAGCAGAAGGCCACGUGUUGCAGUGCGACGAACUGAUCGUUUACGCGAUCCCGAUUUGUUCGAACGACGCCGGGGAAAACACGUCCACGGCACUGAACCAAAGCGUGGCAGUUCUGUUCCAGCCAAACUGCGGUGUGGACGCAACAAAUAUCAUUGCACAAAGCGCUCCAGAAACUAGCAUUCGAAAGUACCCUCGGUGGGUUCGAAGAUAAAGUGAAGUGAUUCGAAGCUGCGCUUACCACAAGUGGAGAUUGUUACCGGUCAUCUAAUCAAGCGCCAGCAUGCCGUUGUUUGGCACGAGUGUUUCAGUUUCCGCGUUGUUCUCUGUGCUACUGCUGAUCGGUGGUCCACCCAGCACUGGUGUCGAGGGACAUCGGUUCGGGUACUCGAAACCGGACCAAAGGCGCUGGUCCAAGGCACACCAAAGCUGCGCCGGUACGCACCAGUCCCCGAUAGCGAUCAGUAGCCAUCGGGCAGUGCCGCUGUACAUGCCUGCGAUCGAGCUGGUCGGGUACAACAAUCUUCUCCCGGGACCGAUGACUAUGCACAACAAUGGCCAUUCCGUGUCGCUCGCGAUUCCGAAAACGGACCCAGCCAUCGGCAAACAUCCGUACAUCUUUGGCGGCAAGCUGCAGAACGAGUACGAGCUGGAAGGCUUACACUUUCACUGGGGCGACAAAAACAACCGUGGUGCCGAGCACGUACUCAACGAUAUCAGGUAUCCGCUCGAGAUGCACAUCAUUCAUCGCAACAAAAAGUACAAAACCGUCGGCGAAGCGCUCGGCUAUUCGGACGGUCUUACGGUGUUGGGCUUUUUCUACCAGGUCACCGAGCAUGAUGCGCCCGGCAUCAACACACUGGUACGCUCGUUUGGUCACAUCGUCGACUACGACCACACGAUCCAGCUGAACCACACGUUCACGCUGCAGUCGCUCAUCGACGGGAUCGAUAUGACCCGUUUCUACACGUACAAGGGUUCGCUUACGACACCGCCCUGCUCGGAGGCCGUCACGUGGGUUGUCUUUCCCGAUCUUCUCGAGCUUUCGGUUAACCAGAUGAAACGGUUUCGAACGCUGGACACCGGCAUCCACGGAUCACCGAUGGUCGACAACUACCGGGCAUUACAACCGAUCGGCAAUCGGCGCAUUUUCGUGCGCAAGGUUAACCCUCGCUACACUGGACUGGACGUGUUUGAGGGAAAGCACCACAGCAAAUGGGACUGGGUGUACUAAAAAGGCUGGCAGACAACGCUGUUAAACUUAGGGAAGCGCGAUGGUUUGUUUAGCCCCAACAUUUCCGCAUAUCCAUUACAUGUGCCAUCAUCGUUCCAGACAGUGGGUUGAGAGGUAACGCAAAUAAAACCUGCUAAGUACUAUAAUAUUUAACUAA